AUGGCUUUCGGUGUCGUUUCAAUAUCAGUCUAUAUCUUAUUCAAUGCAAUGGCGGCAUUGACUGAAGAGGUGACCGUGAAUGUAACACCCACAAUAACUCAGCAAAGUAACUGGACAGUUAACAAAAUAGAAGAAGGACCUAUAGCCUUGAAGUUCUUACAUCCUUGCCUGGAAGAGCACAAUAAUUACUGCAUCAACGGUGUUUGUGCAUUCCAUCAUGAGUUGAAGAUAGCCAUCUGCAGGUGUUUUACUGGCUAUACUGGAGAAAGGUGUGAGCAUUUGACCUUAACUUCAUAUGCUGUGGAUUCUUAUGAGAAAUACAUUGCCAUUGGAAUUGGCGUUGGAUUAUUAUUAAGUGGUUUUCUUUCUAUUUUCUACUGCUACAUAAGAAAGAGGUGUCUAAAACUGAAAUCGCCUUACAACAUCAGUUCCAGAGGAAGUCCACUGUGA